AUGUGCGAUGAAGAUCACAGUUUGAGAACUUGUUCGCAAUUUCGUAAGCUUUUAAUUCAAGAAAGAGUUGAUUUCAUUUUGAAGAAUAAGUUUUGUAACAAUUGUUUGUCACAAUCUCACACGAAAAAGAAUUGUAUAAGCAAAAAUUCUUGUUUAAAUUGUGGUAAAAAACACCACACAUUACUUUACAUGCGUUCUUUUAAUCCUCCUCGAAAUAGCUCAAAUCAAAAAACGACAAAUUCUAGAUCCGUUGAGUCAAAUGAAUCUGAAAGGGGUCCAACAACUUCAAAUGCUCACAAAACUUUCCAAGUUAAUGCGAAUUAUGCCAUGAGUGAUACUAGAGUCUUAAGAUCAUACUGCGAAAUAAUAGGAGUUGGCGGUCAAACUCAAGUUUCAGAAAAGGAAUGUGAUUUAGUUUUGGUCUCGCACAAAUCCAAUUUUCGUUUACCCGUAACUGCUAUCGUUUUACCUAAAGUCACGAAUAAGAUUCCCUCGGUUUCCUUUGAACUCCCUAACCAAAUUGAGCUUUCUGGUAUUGACUUAGCUGAUCGAAAUUUUAAUAUAUCUUCCUUGAUCGAUUUCAUCCUCGGAAAUGACAGUGAGCGUUACAUAAAUCUUGAUGGCAUUAAACGAGAUGUAUGUGGCUCUGCUUCUGCAUAUAGAACGGUUUUCGGAUGGGUACUUAGUGGCCCCGUGAAGACUCAGCCAAUAUACUCGUUUUCAACAUGCGUUGGUUCCACUGAAGACUUUACCUUGGAUGAAAUAGUUCGAAAGUUUUGGGAGCAGGAAGAAAUUCCAUCAUCCCGGCCAGCUUCCUCAGAGGAUGAAUAUUGUGAAAAAUUUUAUCAACAAACCACAACACGCUUACCAAAUGGACGAUAUAUGGUCAGAUUACCAUUUCGACAGGAGUUCCCGGAAUCAAGGUUUCUUGGCCCAUCAAGAUUUAUCGCUCUUAGUCAAUAUGUUCGGAUGGAACAGAUGUUGGAAAAAGAUCCCGCGUUAAGCACUCAAUAUAACGACGUGCUCACUGAGUAUAUAACCCUCAAUCAUAUGGAAGAAACAACUUCUCGUGAGUACUUUUCGGAAAAUAAAUGUAACUCCUUUUAUCUCCCUCAUCAUGCAGUCGUAAGACCAGAAAGUAAAUCUACGAAGAUAUUAGUCAAUCCCCAAGACAGGCCGUUUCAGAGAAUACUCUUCCAAAAAUCCCCCCGGGAGGCCAUCAAGGAUUACCAGUUAAAGACUGUUACAUUUGGUAUAAAUUGUGCACCAUUUUUAGCCAUUAGGACAUUAAUCCAGUUAGCGUCUGAUUCCGAAGAUAAGUUUCCCAAAGCAGCUGAUAUAUUACGUAGAGAAACCUAUGUAGACGAUAUUCUAACUGGUGGUCAUUCUCUCGAACAGGUUAUAAAAUCCCAGAAAGACCUGGUGCAAACUCUAGAAUCAGCUGGUUUCUUAUUAAAGAAAUUAACCUCCAAUAACUCUCGUUUGUUAGCUUCUUUUCCCAAAGAAGAUCUUUAUGAUUCUGAUUUUCUCAAAUUUCAUGAUUCCAGUGCUACAAAAACUCUCGUUUCCAAAAGUAAGGUUGCUCCAUUAGCAUCUACAACUUUACCUCGGUUAGAACUUUCGGGCGCAGUCAUGCUAGCUAAAUUAGUACAAUAUACGAUAUCUUCCCUUAAUAUGGAAAAUCACGAAAUCAUUUUAUGGUGUGACUCAUCGAUUGUUUUAGGAUGGCUAGCUAAGCCACCUUCGACCUGGAAAGAAGUCUAUGUUUCUAAUCGUGUAAGCCAAAUCCAUAAACUACUGCCAAAUGCAAAAUGGCGCCAUGUUCCAACUCAUUUCAAUCCCGCUGAUCUAGCAUGCGAGAUCAAUCACCCAGAGACCCAACAGUGCACCAGUGCCGACUCUGUGACCGUUAUCACUCGCUACGGUUCUGCCGGCGUUUUUUGGCGAUGGAGUCCGCAGAGCGUUUUACGGUGGCCCAGCGAUAUGAAUACUGCCUCAACUGUUUGGCCAGAAUGCACAAUGUUUACAGUUGCGAUAGCCCCGAUACCUGCAUGUAUUGCGGUCGGCUACACCACACGCUCCUUCACCCAAGCCGUCAUCCCCGAGUCACUGCACCAGAAGGCAGUGUCCAGAAUAGACUGGGCGAACGUCAACUGGUCCGUCCAAGCCGCCGGGACUACCGCCAUCGUGCAAACCCUCAUCGCCGUCGACCUAUCAAUCAUCAACGUCACCGUACCACCAGCACACAUCAUCAACGUCAUCGCACCAUCAUCACCCACCGUCGCCGUCCCACCAACAACACCGUCAGAACCAGCCAACGCUAUCAAGUUGCCAGCCCCAGCCCUCAGCCAAGGCGCACCAACACUCGUCGCACCAACAACACCAACACUUGUCGCUCCAACAACAACAAUAACAACACGUACCAUGCCCAACCUGGUCAUCUCGGAGGCCAUUCGCUCCCUAGCAGCCGUACUAUGCGUUUCCCACACAAACAACUAA